CCACAACCGUGAGGUGGUUGUAUUGUCAGUUUCACAUAGAUAUGGGGUGGCUACUGUUGCCUACGUUAGGAUCCCUGAGGGCUGCAUAUUGAUUUGGAAAACCACAGUUUUACAUUUUUUGUAAGUGAGCUACUUAUUUUAACUAUUUCCCAAUGACGUUUUGAUGAGGUUCUGGCUGAUCUUGGGGAUUUUGUAGGCACGAGUGCCCUGUGUUUGACAACCGCAUAACCCGCCUUCAGAAUUGGCAAAACACACACAGAGACACAGAAACACACAAAUAGACAAACAGAAAAAACACAAAACAAAGUAUUACCCACGUGGGCUCCUCGGACUUGUAGUUUACUGGUUAUUGUUUUUUGUGCUUUUUUUUUUUCUUCGAGAGCAGUUGUGAUGCUUCGCUUCCUCCUAGAAGGACUACAUUUCCCAGAAUGCCAUAGGAGAGGAGGCCGGAAUUCACGACGAACUGCUUUCUGGGAUCUCGAGCAGCUGUGGCUGGUUUCUCCACGCUGCUACCGGCAUGGAUCCCGGUUGUAAGUGGCGGAACCUACCCAGCGGGCCCAGCCUAAAACACUUGACCGAACCGAGUUAUGGGGUACCCAAAGAACAGCAGCUGCCGGCAUUGCAGGAACUCACGCGAGCGCACAUCGAGUCCUUUAACUAUGCUAUGCGAGAGGGUCUCAGCCACGCGGUGCAGGCCAUUCCACCCUUGGAAUUUGCUUUCAAAGAUGAACGGAUCACUUUUGCUAUUGUGGAUGCUGUUGUUAGUCCUCCCAUGGUCCCUAAAGGGAGUAUCUGCAAAGAGUUGAAAGUCUACCCAGCAGAAUGUCGUGGUCGGAGAAGUACAUAUCGGGGAAAGCUGACAGCUGAUAUCAGCUGGUCUGUGAAUGGGAUCCCAAAAGGAAUUAUUAAACAAUCACUUGGCUAUAUUCCUAUUAUGGUGAAGUCUAAGCUGUGCAAUUUACAUAAUCUUCCUCCAAAAGCUCUUAUUGAGCACCAUGAGGAAGCAGAGGAAAUGGGAGGCUAUUUUAUAAUAAAUGGUAUUGAAAAAAUUAUCAGGAUGCUAAUUAUGCCUCGGAGAAAUUUUCCAAUUGCAAUGAUAAGACCAAAAUGGAAAACCAGAGGCCCUGGCUAUACCCAUUAUGGAAUUUCAAUGCACUGUGUUAGGGAUGAACACACGGCUAUUAAUAUGAACCUUCACUACCUGGAAAAUGGCUCAGUGAUGGUGAAUUUUAUUUAUCAUAAAGAAUUAUUUUUUCUUCCUCUGGGAUUUGUACUUAAGGCAUUAGUUGGUUUUUCUGAUUAUCAGAUUUUUCAAGAACUGAUCAAAGGAAGAGAGGAGAACUCAUUUUUCAGGAACUGUGUUUCUCAGAUGUUAAGAAUUGUAAUGGAAGAGGGUUGUCUCACACAAAAACAAGUCCUUAACUACCUGGGAGAACGUUUCAGAGUAAAACUUACCCUUCCUGAUUGGUACUCAAAUGAACAAGCUGCAGAAUUUCUGUUAAAUCAGUGUGUGUGUAUCCAUCUGAAAUCCAAUGAAGAAAAGUUUUAUGUACUUUGUCUUAUGACUCGAAAGCUGUUUACUUUUGCCAAAGAAGAAUGUAUGGAAGAGAAUCCUGAUAGUUUAAUGAAUCAAGAAGUUCUCACACCAGGGCGACUCAUCCUUAUGUUUUUAAAGGAAAAGAUGGAAGCUUGGUUGGCAUCUGUUAAAAUAGCUUUAGAUAAGAGAGCUCAAAAGACCAAUGUCUCUAUUAAUACUGAAAAUCUUAUGAAGAUAUUUAGUAUGGGAUUAGACCUUACAAGACCAUUUGAGUAUCUUCUUGCUACUGGCAACCUACGUUCAAAAUCAGGUCUUGGCAUGCUGCAAGAUUCUGGUCUCUGUGUAGUGGCUGACAAACUGAAUUUCAUACGCUACCUUUCCCAUUUUCGCUGUGUACACCGAGGUGCUGCCUUUGCCAAAAUGAGAACAACCACAGUACGCAAGCUCCUUCCAGAAUCCUGGGGUUUCCUUUGUCCUGUACACACACCAGACGGGGAACCCUGUGGCCUGAUGAAUCACAUGACUGCUAUCUGUGAGAUAGUCACACAGACUACCUAUAUAUCUUCUAUCCCAUCUUUGCUUUGUUCCUUAGGGGUUACCCCAGUUGAUGGGAGUCCAAGUCAACCCUAUAGUGAAUGCUACCCUGUUAUGUUGAAUGGUGUCAUGGUUGGCUGGGUAGAAAAAGAUCUUGCUCCUGCCAUUGCAGAUUCUCUCCGGAAUUUUAAGGUAUUGGGGAAAAAACAAAUCCCUCCUUGGAUGGAAAUAGUUCUUAUCCCAAUGACUGGAAAGCCAAGUUUGUAUCCUGGACUAUUUCUUUUCACUACUCCUUGUAGAAUGAUACGACCUGUGCAGAAUUUGGAAUUAGGUAAAGAAGAACUGAUUGGAACUCUGGAACAGAUCUUUAUGAACAUUGCUAUCUUUGAAAAUGAGAUUGUUUCUGGAGUAACCACACACCAGGAGCUCUUUCCUCAUAGCAUGCUGAGUGUGGUAGCCAAUUUCAUUCCUUUUUCUGAUCAUAAUCAGAGUCCUCGAAACAUGUAUCAAUGUCAAAUGGGUAAACAAACUAUGGGAUUUCCCCUUCUUACCUACCAAGACCGAUCAGAUAAUAAGCUGUAUCGUCUUCAGACUCCACAAAGCCCAUUAGUCAGACCAUACAUGUAUGAUUACUAUGAUAUGGAUAACUAUCCCAUUGGGACAAAUGCUAUUGUUGCUGUCAUUUCAUACACAGGAUAUGAUAUGGAAGACGCUAUGAUUGUGAAUAAAGCUUCCUGGGAAAGAGGCUUUGCUCAUGGAAGUGUCUACAAGACAGAGCUCAUAGAUCUUUCUGAAAAAAUCAAACAAGGAGAUGAUAGUCUGGUGUUUGGAGUCAAACCUGGUGAUCAGCGAACUCUACAGAAAUUAGAUGAUGAUGGUUUGCCACAUAUUGGAUCUCUUCUGAAAUAUGGGGACCCUUUUUACAGUUACCUAAAUAUCAACACAGGGGAAAGCUUUGUGACAUACUAUAAAAAUAAGGAAAAUUGCAUUGUGGAUAACAUUAAAGUAUGUAGUAAUGACUCUGGGAAUGGAAAAUUCAAAAGCAUCUGCAUCACAAUGAGAAUCCCCCGGAACCCAACUAUUGGUGACAAAUUCGCUAGUCGCCAUGGACAGAAGGGCAUUUUGAGCAGACUGUGGCCUGCCGAGGAUAUGCCUUUUACCGAAAGCGGAAUGAUGCCCGACAUUCUGUUCAAUCCUCAUGGUUUUCCGUCUCGAAUGACCAUUGGCAUGUUGAUUGAGAGCAUGGCAGGGAAAUCUGCCGCUCUGCACGGCCUCUGCCACGAUGCUACGCCCUUCACUUUUUCAGAGGAGAAUUCUGCCCUGGAGUACUUUGGUGAGAUGUUGAAGGCUGCCGGUUACAACUUCUACGGCACGGAGAGAUUGUACAGCGGUGUCAGUGGGGUAGAACUAGAAGCAGAUAUUUUCAUAGGGGUGGUCUACUAUCAGCGCUUACGUCACAUGGUCUCAGACAAGUUUCAGGUGAGGACAACUGGAGCCCGAGAUAAAGUCACCAACCAGCCCAUCGGGGGCAGGAAUGUCCAGGGUGGAAUCCGUUUUGGAGAAAUGGAACGAGAUGCCCUUCUGGCACACGGCACCUCCUUUCUGCUUCACGACCGCCUCUUCAACUGCUCUGACCGCUCUGUUGCUCAUGUGUGUGUGAAGUGUGGUAGCUUGCUUUCGCCCCUUUUAGAGAAGCCGCCACCUUCCUGGUCCGCCAUGCGUAACAGGAAAUACAACUGCACUGUGUGUAAUCGUAGUGACACCAUUGACACAGUUUCUGUUCCUUAUGUUUUCCGCUAUUUUGUAGCUGAAUUGGCAGCUAUGAAUAUCAAAGUCAAACUUGAUGUCAUUUAAUUAUUCCGUUCAUCCUGUCAGCUUCUCAAGAAUUUUGUUUCAGAUGUAUUUUUUUGUAUUCAGAAUUAUUUCUAAUAAAAAACAGAUUAUUUUUUUUUUGUUGAGGGGUAGGCCUUGGAGGAAUUUGAAGCCAUUAUUUUGUCUGUAUCAUUAAACAUUGCUUGGGAAUUAUUUCAGAAAGCAAAAUAGUAUUUUGCAUAUAGACUAAUUCAAUGUUUUGUAUUCAGUAGAAUUUACAUGGAAUUUUUGUAUAUCUGAACUUUGUUUGGUAUCAGAUGAGUUUCUGUAUUUGGAAGGAAACUUAGAGAAGACCUGCAUAUGGCUAUUGGCAGAACACAUUGGUCUAAUAUCUCUCAAGAUUGCAAUUAAGGUACUUUAUGUUCUUGUUAUCUGAAUCACAUUCCUUAGUCAAGAUCUUAUUUCCUGCAUUGGUUAAAAAAUUUUUUUUUUAAUUUUCUGUUGUCCUUUAAAACAAAUUGAUGCAAAAACUUUAAUGUGCUUUUAGGUCAUAAUUUCAUUAUAAUUUUAGAUCAUGUUACAUCAUUAGAACAGUUGAGAGAAAGGCAGUACAGUCAGUUCUCACUUGACCUGAAUAGGACUGUUUAGCAGACCUCCUCCUACCCUUGUGGGGUUCCACAGGGCCCGGUCCCUACAGCCAGAUUAGUUUCAGUGCCUGGAGCAGAGGGUUGUGCUAAUACUCCUGCCAAUGCUACCACUAUCUGUCCUGUGCUGAAUCCCUAAUUAGGGUUGGCAUGGGGUCCUGCUGUUCCCUCUCUGGAGAGUCAGAUUUUAUGUAAUGUGAAUUUAUAUAAAACGAGAAUUGUAUAUAUAGCCACCAUAUUAAAGUUAGUACAGCAAGCAUUUGUUAAGUGUCUACAGUGUUCCAGGCAAAGUAGUUUGAGCUUUUAAAGAUUUUAUAUAAUGUAAGAGGAUAUGGAAAUAGGAUUAGAAGUCCAGAGAAGAAGGGUUGUCCCUAUAUGAGUCAAUUCCCCCAUACUCUUAACAGUGAAAAUUAAAUAUCUGCUCUUAAAACUCUUAAGCAAAGUGUCACUUUUAGUGAGGUUGGAAAUCUUAACUCCUCCCAAACUGACCAUUCUUUGUUUGCUCUUCAAGUAACUGCCCUCAUCUCUAGAAAGCAUAAGGAGACUUUUAAUUGUCCCCUGAAUGUGGCUUCUAAUGCAUCUGUUUUUAUAUUAAAUGUCCUGGGCAAUUUCAACUCCAUAAAUCAUGCUUUUCUUAGAUAUUUAGAGAAAUCAAGAAAAUAUAGAGAAAAAAAAAAGUUGCUCAGCAAGGUCAUAUCUGAGAGAGCUAAUAACAAUUCAUACAGAUCACGAAGAAAGAAGGUGGAGGAGAGAAAAAGAGAACCUAUGACAAAGUAGUUGAGGGCUCUAGUGGUUAGGAGGAAGGACACAGAUAAUAUUCCAACAAAGGAGGGGUCAGAAUAAUCAAGAAAAGGGCAGUGCCAGUCUAGAUGUAGUUUGAAUAGGGUAGAAUACAGUUGAAAUAUUCUCUUGUUUUGGAAACUACAUCUCUACCUGAAGCCUGAAAUCACAUUAGCUUUUUUUUUUAAACUCAUGUUAAACUGUUGUCUUAUAUUAGGUUAACUGGUAUUAAGUUGGCCCAAGUUUCUAGUCGGAUUUUUUUUGGAUCCUGACAGUUAUUCAACAGAUGAACACUGUCCUUACAUUUGUGUCUUGUGAAUUUGAUACGAAUACCACUUAUUACUUAUAA